GCUCUUCUACACCACUUCUUUUUUCUUUGCCUCAUAAAGGAAAUCAAGGAGAAGCUCAAUAUUUAGAAACAUGCGGUCACCAUUUCCUAGCUUUCUCAACAACAACAAAAUCUUACACUUCAAAAUUUGCAUUAUUCUUUUCAUGAACUGUGCUACUUAUAGAACCAACCUUUGUUUCACCAAAUGUUUCGGGGAGCCUACUGGUGACCCUCCUAUACAAUCUUCUUCUAAACUGCUUUCAUCCUUGGAAACAAUAAGCCUAGAUGGACACUUUAGCUUUAAAAACAAUCAAGCAGCAGCUAAAGAUUUUGGCAAAAGAUAUCACAUGCUACCCUUAGCAGUUCUACAUCCACAUUCAGUUCGUGAUAUUUCAAUUACAUUAAAGCAUAUUUUUCAGAUGGGUUCAGGAACAGAACUUACAGUUGCUGCAAGGGGUCACGGCCAUUCUCUUCAAGGUCAGGCACAAGCCUUAAGAGGCGUAGUUAUCAACAUGGAGUCCCUUAAGGAACCAGCCAUGCAAGUUCACAGUGGAAACUUACCAUGGGUGGAUGUCCCCGGAGGAGAGCUGUGGAUAAAUAUCUUACAUGAAACGCUUAAACAUGGCUUAACACCAAAAUCUUGGACUGACUACCUUCAUCUUUCUGUUGGUGGUACUCUAUCAAAUGCUGGUAUUAGCGGGCAAGCUUUUAGGCAUGGACCUCAAAUCAGUAACGUCCACCAGCUAGAAGUUGUCACAGGAAAGGGCGAGGUUAUUACCUGUUCAGCGCAGCAGAAUGCAGACCUGUUUUACAGCGUACUUGGAGGCCUUGGUCAGUUUGGCAUCAUCACAAGGGCAAGGAUUUCUCUAGAAUCAGCACCAAAAAUGGUAAAGUGGAUAAGAACCUUGUAUUCAGAUUUCGCCGUAUUCUCCAAGGACCAGGAACAUCUGAUAUCCACCAAGUACUCCUUUGAUUAUAUUGAAGGCUUUGUUCUAAUAAAUAGAACUGGCAUUCUCAAUAAUUGGAGAUCUUCAUUUGAUCCCAAUGAUCCAGUUCAAGCCAGCCAAUUCGUCUCAGAUAGAGCGACACUGUAUUGUCUAGAAAUGGCCAUGUACUUCAACUCUGAGGAGACAGAAACUAUGAACAAGAAAGUUGAGAAGUUGCUAUCACAAUUGAGCUACAUUCCAGCUACUCUCUUUCAGUCGGAAGUUCCUUACGUGGAGUUUCUGGAUAGAGUGCACAUAUCUGAGAAAAAACUCAGGGAAAAAGGAUUGUGGGAGGUUCCUCAUCCUUGGAUGAAUCUAAUGAUCCCAAGAAGCAAAAUACAUGAUUUUGCAGCAGAGGUGUUUGACAAAAUUCUAUCAGAUUCCACCAAUGGUCCCAUACUAAUCUACCCGGUUAACAAAUCCAAGUGGAACAAUAAAACAUCAGUGGUCACACCAGACGAAGAAAUUUUCUACCUAGUGGGUUUCUUGUUUUCUGCACUGCCAACUUCAACCGGAAAACAAAGCUUAGAGAACAUUUUAGCCCAAAACCAAAUAAUUCUGGACUACUGUGUCAGGGAUCUUCCUGGAUGUACGCAAUAUCUGCCUCAUUAUAGCUCCCAAGACGAGUGGCAAGCUCAUUUUGGCAACAAAUGGCGGGUACUGAUGGAGAGGAAAUCUGCCUAUGACCCAUUAUCAAUUCUUGCCCCGGGACAAAGGAUCUUCCAGAAAGCCACCCCUGUACAACAUCUUGUAUCUAAAACAAACCACAAAACGAGCAUCCUAGAAGAAGAGAAUGCCAAAAUGAUAUGAAAGUUCAAAUGAAUUUAAAAUGUAUUCUGUCGUAAUAUUACCAUUAAUCAGAACAAAAGCUUUCGAUGUC